ACCGUACAGCCCUAUGAUGCUGGAGACGAAGCAGGAGCAGCAACUAACUCAUCUAUAUAGUCGCCACUUUCAAAAAGCCUCUUCCUUUUUAUGAUAAUUCAAAACGUCUCCUCCAUCUUGUCUCUGAGUAAAAAAUGAACAAAUCUCCCCACCAUGGAUCUGAUCAUUUGAAGGAACGAAGAGCGAAAUCCCGUCAAGUUGGCUCUCGUUUUCUCAGCCCCAGAAACUCCAUCGAGAGAGAAAACAUGCCGAACGUUGAAACGCUUGAUCAGAAGUCGGAUUUCAGGCAUCAAAGUCAGGCAACUCUCAAAGAAAAUCUCAUGCCCUCUCCGCUGAUUGAGGAUGAGGAGAGUUUCAUACUUCCUGCAAGGUAUUCCUUUGACCAAUACACAACUUCACCACUGAGGGAUUCCUCUAAACAUGAAUCAGAUUCAGAGUUGAGCGAUGCCUCAACUCACAAGAGGUGUUCAGUUCGAUCCUGUAAGCCUGGUAUCCAGAUUCCUUCCAAAUAUCUGCAUGAUUUAAGAUCAAGACCCAGAAAAUGUAGCAAGAAAGCACUCGCAGAAGAUCCCCAGGAAGUUAACAGCUUCAGGGGCAUCAAGAGGACUAAUUCACUAGCAAGGUAUGGAAGUUCGACUUCUCAGUGGGCGUUGUCACCAGGAAGAUCACGAUCACCACCGUUAUCGUUGGAAACCAAGGCCAUUCCAGUCCCGUGUUCAAGACUGAAAGUGAAACCUCCUCCGGUUGCUAGCCCUUCAAGAGCAAAGGGCGUGACUAUACCGUUGAACCUGGCUUUCAAUUUCUUCAAGAGCAAGAAUAACUCUUCAUCUUAUUGUUCACCUCCCAAACUCAAGCCGUUUCACACAGAAGCUGUUCAUCAGCUUAAGCUUCUACACAACCGGUUAGCUCAAUGGAGGUUUGUCAAUGCCACAGCCUGCGCUGCAAGGGAUAACAUAGAUGCCCGAGUAAAAAAACAACUACUCUGCGCAUGGGGUGCUCUUGCCGAGUUAGAACUUUCUAUUCUGCGGGAGAGAAUCGGACUGCAGAAGAGAAAACUAGAGGAUAAGCUGGGUCAUGUGCUUGUCUCUCAAAUAAAACAUCUCGAAGCUUGGGAAGAUCUAGAAAGGCAACAUCUUUCAGCUGUGUCGGUGACCAGCCAAUGCCUGCACUCGAUUGUUUCCAGGCUUCCACUAGCAGAAGGUGCAAAGGUGGACAUGGGAUUGGCUUUAAGAACAUUUCAGCAAGGGGAAGAGCUGACAGGCUCUAUAGAGCCAACCCUGACAAGUUUUGGUUCCUCGAUGGAGGGUUUUGCUUCACUCAUCUCCCAACUUGCGGAAGUGGUUGCACGGGAGAAGAUGAUGCUGGACGAGUGCCGCCAUCUUUUGAGGAUGAUUUCUGAGUUAGAGAUGCGAGAGAGGGGCUUGAGGUGCUGCUUCAUCCAAACAGACAGCCGACAAGAAUCAAGUUCAAGCCAAUGACAUGACGAGCUAGCACUUGGAAUUGAAACACUAGCUGCCAAUGAUUUGUUUUUUUUUUUUGGAAAGACUGUGAUUUCCAGGGGUUAUGUGGAGAAUGCCUUUGAUGGGUAUUGGAAUGUUUUCAAAUGAUUCAUACGCAUGCAUUUGGUUCUCUCA